AUGUGGUUAGAACGUGAAUACUUUCGAUAUUUAUCAAAGACUGUCGUACAAGAGAUCGUGACAAGAUGCAGUGCCAGCGAACAUAUUUCACCUUUCCGUGUUCCCCAGCUGGAUUAUGCCUGUGCCCAGUUCUCUAGAUUUGAUGGAAACUGUGAUAGUUUGUACUCUUUUGUUCACAUUGACGGAUUCAAGUGGUACGACAAAAGAAAUGGGAGGAAAGAAAUCAAGCCACGUAAGCAUACAAUGAGCCUCCAAGACAAUCGAAUUAUUGUGUCGCUAAAUUGUUCAAAUCCAUGCCUUGAAUACUUCAAAAAAUUUAUUCUUUGUGACGUGGAGAACAAUCAUAUCUAUGUCGUAUAUGUCACUUCACAGCCUGUUUCAAUCAGUGAUAUCACAGCAAGAAUGGAAAAAAUUGACGCUGGAUCAGCAAUGUUUGUUAGAGAUGCAUUGAAUGGACGUGAUGUUACGAAUGCGGAAAGAGUUAUCAGAGAGGCACAGUUACAAACCAAAUCACGAAAUGUGAGAAAUGUUGUGAAAAAUAAAUCUGGACCUCGCCCAACUACACAUCCGUCCGACUUGACUGAACUUGCAAGGAACACUCCAAGUUGUUUGAGUCACUCCAAUGACGAGGAAUUCCGAUUUAUGCACAUCGAUAUGGACAUCUUGUCCCUGUAUGUUAGUCAACUUCCAACAAAAGAAGAGAUACGAGAAUACAGAGAUCAGUUUGUUGGAAUCAGCAAUUGGAAAUCGAAAGAUUUCAACAAUUACUGCGAAAGAAAUGCUUCAUACUUCGUCAGCGGAAUCGAUGAACGGGUCAGUGGGCAGCUUCAAGUGGACGGAACUUUUGAUAUUUCCACUACAAAUGUUACAGUGUUAACAGUGGAUAUGCCGCAUUUUAGAACUAAGAAAAGUAAGAAAAUUCGCCACAGCGUCGUAGGCUUCAUGAUCCAUGAUUCGAAGAAAGCCAGUCAUCAUGACGCAUUCUCACAGUUUUUCGCGGAAAAAUUUGCGCUUCUUGAUCGUGCGGGAUCCAAACGAGUACCAUCCGUUUGCCACGAUGGUGAGCAAGGAUUUGCAGUCUACAGAAAAGGUACACACAUGGAAGAUGCAGUUCAUCUGCGAUGUGACAUUCAUAGAAAAAGUAAUAUGGAACGCUCACUUGGCUCUGAAGUUAUGAAUGACAUCUCUUCGCAACUUUUGUUCGGAACUGUGGAUUCUAACCAUUACUUGAGCCGUGGUAUUCUUAACUCAUUUUCUCUGAAAGAGAUGAAACAGAAGCUGAAGAAAUCUAACGUUCGUGCUGAGAUCAAGAAAUGGGUGAAUGCGAGAAGAAAAACUAUUUUUAACACGCAUAGUCUCAAGAGUAAGCUGUUUGCUGGUUUAGUCACUCAGUUUGUCACAACGAACAAAAUUGAAAACUUGAACAAUCGUUUCAAAAUCUUCAUUAAAAGACCGGAAAGAGGAGAUGUUUGUGCAUCGAAGCUUUUGGAAGUAAUGAAAAUGGAAAAAUUGCACAUUCUACGGAGUAUCACCAUUGGAAACGAUCCAGUAAUCACCUAUAAAAAGUACAAGGCUACCAGUCAAAUGUCAACCGCUCUGAAAGCUAAAUAUUAUGAAAACAUUGGAGUAUUCGGAGUUUUUGCACUUAUUCAUGGCGCCCCCUUAGAAUCCAGUCCUCAUUUGAAAGGGAUUUUAUACAGAAAUUUUGCUAAACUUAUUGUAAAAGAUGUACAUGAUACCGAUGCUCAAGUGUCCUUCAAUUCAUUGAAGAAGAAUAAAAGGUGCGCAGUGAUUGCUAAUGCCGAUAGUGAUUUCCGAAAGAAAGCAUUCAAUUCACAUGUCGUCUAUGCGUCAACAUUUUCAGUCGGAUAUUGUGAAAGAACAAUGAUUAACAAAACUCAAGCUAGAAGACAUAAAAGAAAGUACAAAUAUCGUUCGAAAGGAAAUCAUUCCCGAUCCCUCCUUGGGAUUCACACAAGUCCGACAAGUUCUUCUAUGCCGCAGGCAAUUUAUUCUAAUGAUAGUCUCAACACGACUGAUGGACUGUUUGGAGAUGAAUCUCUCAAUAGUGAAACCAGCAUUGUCAGCUUCACCGGAGAAAAUGCGGUGAGCCAGUGUCGUCGAUCUUCUCGUUUGAGAAACAAGCAAGAGAGACAAAGUCUAUUGGAAUCAACUGUAAAUAUUAUUCCUGAGCCUGUUUUUUUAAGAAGCAAUGUAACAUCUUUGACAACAAGCGAAUCAGAUGAUAUUCAACAGUUUUUCCUUGAAAACGAGUCGCUAUUCCAAAUUGAAUACAAAAUCGAUUACAAAAACUACAGAGACUACACUAUUGUGCCCUCUUUCGGAACUGUUUUACCGAAGAGUAAAUGCGAAAUCGCUUUGAUUUGUCGACCUACCGGAAAAUCUGAAUCAGAUCGAAUGACUAUCUGUUACAAAACAGUGGAUAGUGAUAAUGACUUGGCCAACGGAUGCUUUUCGGAGAUGAAAAAAAUAGUUAUUGAUAUUAAAGGAAGAUCACAGGAAUCACCAAUUCACUCAAUACCAUCAUCUUCUGGCUCUUCAUCUACUUCUUCGCCUUCUGCCAGGAGAAGAAACAUUGUGGACUCUGAUUCUGAUUGA